UUUCUUCCAAUAGUAUUUGAUUACUAAACAGAAAAAUAAAGAUUGUAACAAAUGGUUGCUUAUAACAUUCAUUGCAAUCGCAUCAUAACUAAACACCUCAUUCAUUUAUUCCUGAAAGGGAAACAAACUCUUCUAUGUAUAUAGAGUGUGGACAUUCGACCAAUGACAUUGUUUUUUUGGGUCUUUUUUAAGUAUAAACAUUUAUCUCCAUGAGUUUCAUUCUCAUCCAGAACAUGAAUGAAAAUAAAGUUUGUUUUCUAACGACAUUCUCAUGUUUCAAUUGUGAAACUAAUGUUCUCGAAAAUCCGUCAGAGUUAGAUAUUAAUUAUGUCGUAUUUUAUAUUGAAGAUUUGUAAUGAAACAUGUUAAUGUAAAAGUUUAUUAAUUUUGGUUAGCUUUAAUAAAACUUUUUUUGCCAGAUACACGAAUUAUACUCUAAUAUGGUGGAAAUCAUCCAAAAUAUUAGAAUAUAUAUGUCACUAACUACACCACGUUUUAAUACAUGCCACAUAUACGAAGUAACAAUAAAUAUGGUGACAACAAAAUCAUAUUCAUGUUUAAUUGACUUUAAGCUUAGCUAAUGAGAUCUUUGUAAUAUAUUAAACUUAACUCCAAUCAACUAAAUCCGACCCGACCCAACUCCUUAACCCAACCCGUUUUCGAUUAAACUUCAAUGUUUUGUCCUAAUCUAAAACUUUAGGGUUCAUUUCAGAAUCGAUUUAGGGGUAAUAGAGAUUAGAGUGACCGAGUGAGAGAAAGGGAGGGAGUUGUCUCUAGAGACAGAGUGAGAGUCAAUUUUACAGUUUAUAAGGAGAAAUGAGGUUAACCGAAGAAAGAGGAUCAAUCGAAGAAAGAGGGUCACAAUGAGGUAAUCAACAGUGAUUCAGUGAACCUUCAUGUUUUGCUUGAUCUUCCACCCAUUUCCAUUUCUCUAUCAAUCUCUCUCCGUUCGAAAUCCCCAAUUUUUUUUGGCUUCGAACCCUAAUUUUUUAAUUCAGGGAAAAAGACUUAUGUCUGGUCGGGUUUAAAAUCUUGGGCCAGGUCGGCUUUGAUUAGAAGGGGGUAAAUUUUAAAAUAUUAAUUAUAGAUUGAUCCCAUUAACUAAGUUUAAAAUCAAUUAAACUUGAUUAUGAUGUUGUCAGUAUAUUAAUUAUUACUUCAUAUAUUUGACAUAUAUUAACAUAAAUUUGAUGUAGUUAUUGACAUAUUCGAUAUUUUUGGAUGGUUUCCACCGUAUUAGAAUAUACUUGGGUGCAGCUAGCAAAAAAAAUUCCUUAAAAAAGUUUGGAUAAGUUUGAUAUAUUUAUUAAAAACUCCUCUAACUUUGAGUUUUUUUCUGAAAAGAUCUCUCUACAACAAGACUUAGUCAACAUGUAGUAGUUGUGGUUUCAUUUUGCAUUGCAUGAUUCUUUCUUUCUUUCUCUUCUUCUUCCACCCGAUUCUCCCUACUUUCUCUCUUACGCUCCUCCGUCCUCCUUCUUCUCUCUAUCUCUCACUCCCUUCCUUAAUAACGUUGGACAUCUCGUCUUUUUCAGCCAUCAUUAAUAUCAAUAAUUCUUCUUCUUCCUCUCAAUCCGUUUCUCACAUAUUCUCAGGUACUCUCUCUCUCAAUCUCUGUCUCCAUUAUAACUAUCGGAUUCUGAUCGAAAUUGAGUUUAAAACGUUUCAAUUAUGGGUUUAAUUCUGAUCCGUAAUUUCUGAGAUGAGUUUUUUUUUUUUCAUUUUACAACGAAACUCUGAUCAAACACGAUGACUUUUGUCAGAAUCUUUGUAUGUUUCUGUUCUGUCUUUGACAAACAUGCUCUCUGUUCCUCUUUCCUGUUAACAUUUAAAUUAACAUUAUAACUAAACUUGUGACAUCAUAAUUAAGUUAAUCUUUAUUUCCCAUAAAAUGUAUUCAACUUUUGCCUGUCUUUAUCUUUGUUUUUUCAUUCUUUUCAUUCAGGUCCCACUUGCAACAAAAUAUUAUUUUUCUUCCCUCCUAUGAUCUGUUUAUAAACUAUUUUCUUUUUUUCUCCAACCAGCAAUUUACAGCUGCAUGAAUUUCAUAUUUGCUGGCUAUUGAGUUUUUUUUGUGGAGGCUUUUUUUUUGUCUCAAUACCAAGAACAUAACACUUUUGUGUGCUUUUUAAGCUACAGAUUCUUCUGAAUCUCAAAAUGCUAAGUUUCUCUAGAACCAGAAGUCCAGGGAGAAAUACAAGCCCUCUUGCAGGAGGGAUGGAUUAUUUGGAACCCAAAAGAAAGAGCAAUGUCAUGGACAGGCUUAUAUUGAUAGUUUCUCUUACAGCUUUAUGCAUUACAAUGCUCAAGAACGCACCUAGUUUCACUUCACCAACCUCAUUCUCUCUCAGCCAGGAAGGAGUGACACAUGUAUUAGUCACCGGUGGCGCUGGAUAUAUCGGAUCACAUGCUGCACUUAGGCUGCUAAAGGAUUCAUACCGUGUAACCAUUGUGGACAAUCUUUCUCGAGGAAAUCUUGGCGCCGUCAAGGUUCUACAGGGAUUGUUCCCAGAAGCCGGGAGGCUUCAAUUCAUUUAUGCCGACUUAGGAGAUGCCAAAGCUGUCGAUAAAAUCUUCUCAGAGAAUGCGUUUGAUGCUGUUAUGCAUUUUGCUGCGGUAGCUUAUGUUGGAGAGAGCACUCUAGAUCCUCUAAAGUAUUACCACAACAUUACAUCAAACACAUUAGUAGUUCUUGAAGCUGUGGCUAGACAUAAAGUGAAGAAGUUUAUAUAUUCAAGCACAUGUGCCACUUAUGGAGAACCUGAUAAAAUGCCAAUCGUUGAAGUUACUCCACAGGUCCCGAUUAAUCCUUAUGGAAAAGCUAAGAAGAUGGCUGAAGAUAUGAUCCUUGAUUUCUCUAAGAACUCUGACAUGGCUGUCAUGAUCCUAAGAUACUUUAACGUGAUCGGUUCAGACCCGGAAGGUAGACUAGGAGAAGCUCCAAAGCCAGAGCUACGUGAACACGGACGCAUAUCAGGUGCUUGUUUUGAUGCAGCUCGUGGUGUGAUUCCAGGCCUUCAGGUCAAAGGAACAGACUAUAAAACAGGAGAUGGAACCUGUGUUCGUGACUACAUUGACGUUACUGACCUCGUUGAUGCUCACGUGAAGGCUCUUGAGAAGGCUAAGCCAAGAAAUGUGGGAAUCUACAAUGUAGGUACUGGAAAAGGAAGAUCAGUGAAGGAGUUUGUGGAAGCAUGUAAGAAAGCGACAGGAGUAGAUAUACAAGUAGAUUUUUUGCCUCGACGACCUGGAGAUUACGCAGAGGUUUACAGUGAUCCAGCAAAGAUUCUGAGAGAUCUUAAUUGGUCUGCUCGUUUCACUAAUCUUCAAGAAAGUCUUGAAGUUGCUUGGAAGUGGCAAAAGACUCAUCCUCAUGGAUAUGCGUCUUCCUAAAGAAAGACAAAAGAAAGAGUUUAAUUUUUUUGGAGAGAAUAGCUUAUAGAAAGAAAUUGAUCUGUUUCAGACUUAAAGUUCAAUAAUUUAUAUAUAUUAUUACAGUUUAUGUAAGAGUUAUUCAGUGACUUUAUAUAAAGAGAUACACAGGUUUUAAAAAAGUUUUGCAUUAAGUCAAUAUGUUUUUUAACUCCAAAAUAGAGUCAACGAUACUUUGUCAAUGAAUGGUUUUGUUUUGCGUGUCUCGUUGGAUGAUUAGUAAAAGUAAGUACCAAAAAAUCAAAAUGCCGACGUUUUUCACUCCUUAUCUUUUUCUAGGUGAAGACAAACACGCCAACCCUUUGUUCUUCCAUCUUCGAAGCCUUAGCUAUAUAGAAUUCAUCCAUUUAUUCACCUUUGAAACAUGGUCAUGUGUUGUUCAAAAAAAAAAAAAAAAAAAAAACAUGGUCAUGUAACCACAACUCUUUUUAGUACGGAUACACUUCCAACAACUAUCACUGAUUGAGAAUCAAGCAGCUGCAUAAUCAAGAACAUGUGAGUUAGUUAAAGCAUAGAGCUGACCCUCAGAGUAAAAUUCAUCAAACAAGCUCAAUUUUUUUUUUGUUUCAACAAGCUCCAAAACUGAAAUAGUAAAUAUUAAACGUAGGAUGCCUGUUUGCACAUAUAUAAAUAUGGGAGACGUGCUCGAAACUCCGAGAGGCAUAUAUGAGAAAAUUCUACAGCACCUACCUGGAGGGGCAUCUUCUAUCAUUAAACUUUACCCAAUUUGGCCUCUUCUUUUGCAUAUACAACAAACUUUUAUUUAUUCAAUUAAUGGGCGUCAACUUUCAAGUGACAUUUGAAAUUUUCAAAGCUGUUAAGCCUCAUUGUACUUAUGUUUAUAAAUAGCGUUUUCAGAAAAUUGUUGUUUGUAGUUAUCGUCACAUAUGAAAAUGGAGAGUAAUCACUGGCUUGCUUUAUUGGCCCUAAUAGCGAUCUUUUUCAUUUCUAACCUCGGUAAUGUCCAGGGUCAAGAAGGUAUUUUAUGCUUCACGGUUAUACAAUCUUUUGCACAUGUAUUCCUUUUCAUUGUUUUCUUUGAACGUAAUCAAAGCUUUAACUUGUGACACAGAAAAAUAGAUCUUAUAUCAAAGCUUUAACUUAUAUUGAACGUAAUCAAAGCUUUAACUUGUCACAAAAAAAUAAAAAUCAAAGCUUUAACUUAUAUUGCAAACUUUGUGUGGCUAUAUAUAUAUUAUCUGACUUGACAUAUUUGCACAAGAUCUAGUUUUCAUUAUUAUUUUUUGCAUGACUUAUACCAGGAUUCAUCAGCUUAGAUUGUGGAAUGCCCCAUAACGAGUCUAGUUAUACUGAAGAGUCUACGGGUUUAGUUUUUUCAUCUGAUGCUGAUUUCAUUCGCAGCGGAAAAGGUGGUAGAACCAAAAGUGAGGAUCCUGAUUCAGGCAUCGCAAAUACAAAGCCAUAUAAGUAUCUUACGUAUUUCCCUGAAGGAACACGAAACUGCUAUAAUCUGACUGUCAUGCAGGGCACACAUUAUCUUAUCAGAGCUGUGUUCGUAUAUGGAAAUUAUGAUGCCUAAAACAAAAACCAAAAUUUGAUCUUUAUCUUGGCCCUAACUUCUGGACAACUAUAAAUUUGCAAGAUAUAUUUGGUAAUGUCAACCGGAUUUAUGUGCCAGAUGGUACUAUAGAGGAGAUUAUCCACAUGCCAAAGUCAAAUUCUUUAGAUAUUUGCCUGGUUAAGACAGGAACAACGACGCCAUUCAUAUCAUCCUUGGAGCUACGUCCCCUCAUAGAUGAUUCCUAUACUACCAAAACGGGCUCCCUGAAGCUAUUCUACCGCUGGUCUUUCAGCAACACUGAUUCCAUCGUACGGUAAGUCAACUCACCCUAUCUUAUUAAACAAUCUAAAAUGGUCAUAAUUUUUCAACACCCUAAUUUUCACUUUUAACAUUUCACAUCAUUUUUUCCUUUUCUUCCAUCUAAUAAUUCAACUAUCAUAUAAUUUUUUCCAUUUACAAUAGUUUUGUUUAAUAAAGUUCAAAACUUUAACCCCACUAUUUUUAUCUCAUAUUUUUAUUCUGUGAACAAUAUAUUAAAAAUAUAUUUCAAGUUUAAAAUUUCUUAAACUUAAAUAAGUAUAAAUAUUUUAAUAUUUUAGAUUAAAAAAAAACAAAUAUAAAAAUACAAAUCACUAUUAAACAAAUAAAAUUCUAAAAGUAAUGAAAAUGACGUUUUUUCUUCUAUAUCCAAAAAGAGACUAAUUACUAUGUAUAGGUCAUAAAAUGAUGAAUUUUAGGAUAAUUUAUGUUUUGGAAAAAAUAGUUCACCACAAAAUAGUUAAGCUUUAAUAAUUUAGAGGA